AUGACAAAUUACUCAACUUCAGUAAUAAUUCCAAAAGCACCAAAGUCAUUAUUAUCAGGAACAAUCGAUAAUUUUAAUAUAAAUAAUAAUACUAAUAAUACAAACCCUACUGCUAAUACUAAUAUUAAUAAUAUUAAUUAUAUUGAUAAUAAUAAUAAUUAUAAUUAUAAUAAUAACAACUUUGUAUCAAUAUCGACACAAAUAAAAUCAUCAUCACCGAUUACAACAUCUCAUCGUCGUUCCGAUUCCACAUCAAGAAAAUCUAAAUUAAAGAAAAAGAUUUCGAUUUCAAUGAUAAGAAUAAAAGUUGACAAUAAUUUCCUCAAAAAUCAAAAUUUCAAAUUAUUACAAGAAUUAGAACAAAGCAGAUUGACAAUCCAGGCAUUAAAAAACAUUGUUUCACAAAAAGAUGAUCUAAUUCAACAUUUGAAUACCGAAAAUCAAAAAUUGACGUUGAAAAACCGUGUAUUUGAAGCUUUAUUGUUAAGUAAACAUUCAAAAGAUGGAAACGAUUCGUUUAUCAAUAGCAACAAUUGCAAUAGUAAUUCUGAUAAAAAAGUCAUUAAAAAUAAUGUGUCUCCAGUAUCUUCAGCACAUCCACCGCCACUACCUCCUAAGAAAGCAAAUCAUUAUAAUUUAUCAAAUACCUCAACUAAUUCAUUGCCUUCAUCACCAACGCUUGUAACUACCAUACAACAAGUUAAUAAUAACAAACAUAAUAAUGUUUCACAACUAUUACGGAAACCAGGGAAUAUCAUUCAAUCAUUAACCACUUCAUGUAAUCCAAUGAAUAUGAAAAACAAUGGUUAUGAUUAUUCACCGUCAAUAACUCCAACUUCGAUCAGAAUUAAAAAUAACACUAAUGUUAAUAACAUUGACCGGGAAGGAACAUAUUCAUUACAACAACCAUUAAAACAACAAAUUUCACAACCACCACAAAUAAUUAAAAAGCAAAAUUUAUCAAAACUUCGUAGAAUCUUUAAGAAACAACCUUCUACGCCUCCUUCUCCAUCCUCUACGCCUUCUACAUUUAUUCGUUAG